AUGGCGCUGAGUGACCUCCUUUACCCAGAUAACCCCAAGAGAAGGCAAGAAUUGAUCCAUCUGCACCAGGAAUUGCUUGACUGCAUGUCCACAAAUUUCCGUGCAACAAAUGAACUGGCUAGAGUGCUGAAUGAACACCUGGGCUGUACCAUUACCCACAUUCGGAUGAGAGAGAACAGCACAGUCAAGGAAAACUGUGACAUUAUCAUCCAAGCAAUGAGUGAGAUUCAGCAUCAAGUACAGAAGAUUGACAGUGACAUGAAGGAAAAGCUAGAGCCCGUGUUGUACCAGAAGCUGUAUGACAUCAAAGAGCCCGAGUUGGAGAAAAUAGCAAUAGCCCAUAAAGUUUUUUCCAUUGUUCUUGGAGAAGCAACUUCAACAGCUGGGAUGGUAGCUAUCAAACUUCUCAGCUCCAAUUUCUUAACGCUCACUGUGAGCAAGCUCAUCAGUCUCCUUGCGCAGAUUGGAGCGUCUGUUCUUGGGGGAAUCAGCAUCACCAUUCUUGGGCUUGGCAUUGAAAUGAUCCUCCAUGCCAUCUUGGGAGCUGUGGAAAGGAAUCAGCUUCUGGCAGCUGUGAGAAGCUAUGAGAAGCACCUGGCUGAGUUCAAGGCAGCCUCGGAAAAGUACCGGCGUGCCAUACGUGAAGUGACUUCUUUGGUGAGACAGCAGGUUCAGUGA